CUCAGAACAACAUCAUGAGGCUCGUGAGGAGCAUGAGACUUCGCUGUCAAGCUGUCAUUGCGGCAAAUGACUAGCAACACAGCGGUGGAUGUUGCGUCGCAUGUAGUGUUCCCAAAACAGCUCCUGGUUUGUGGAGAGUAGUCAUAAUGAUGGCGACAGCGGUCCCGCCAGGUAACUCCAGUUUCCUGCCUCUGCUUGAGUCUCUGGAGGACAACACUGCGGGACAGUCUAGUCAGACCGAUGCUUACCUCACCAUUGCCAAUCGAUUGAGUGGAGAAGAAGGGCGCCAGUUUCUGCCUGCAGUUGAAAAGCACUUUUCCCGUUUGGGUAAAAUUAUUUUGGCUCAUAUAAGUAGUACGAAUGUGGAGUUAAGCCAAGCUGCCCUUCAAGCUUUGGGCUUCUGUGUCUAUCAUUCAAAUGUCGUCUCAGGAGCGUCAGAAACCUUAGCAGAAGAAAUACUAUCAGCACUUUGCUCAUUGGUGGUGAAGUCAACAGAUAAGAAUACAUGUACCAGAGCAUUAUGGGGUGAUCUCCAAGCAGAACUUUCCUUCAAAAAUAUUAGCAGCAAAAGUACCUUCAGUGUUAAGUGCAUUGGAAAGUGUGUGGAACAGAGAGGACAUCCAGUCUGUUGUAAUGGAACAUGAAGCCCUAAAUGUUGUGAUCAGGAUGUUGGAGCAGGUACCCACACAGAUGGGAGAAGGGGCAGUGCGGUGGGCCAAGCUGAUUAUCCCUCUGGUGGUGCACUCUGCCUCUAAAGUGCGCCUCAGGGCAGCAGCUGCACUGGAGAUGGGCAUGCCUCUACUACUAGAGAAACAGACACAAGUGGCUGCUAUCAUUGAACCACUGAUG